UGAAGCGGUCCUCUUAAAUUUGAAUUAAAGCCUCCCACUGUUCUUCUCCCAUUUUCCGCAGCAGCCUCCUCUUCUUCUCAUUUUCUGUCAUCUUCCCUCAUUUUCUCUCAUUUUCUCUUCUUCUUCUCCACCAAAAUUUCAAAGCUAUUUACAAAUUUUUUUGACUCUCUCCCAAGAUCUGCAGCCAUAUCCACCAACAGAUAUGGAGGAAAGACGCAAUCGCCGUGACCGUCGUAAUUACAUUUUACCGGGUCCCAACGAUCCAUCAUUGCUAUAUGCCCAAGCCGAUCAUCGGUCUGAGGCUAUAUGGCAACAAAGUAUGGAUGUUGGGGCAAUUGCUUGUAGAAGGACGGGAACAAUUCUACAUCUGGAAGACAUUCCAGAUCAAAUAAGACCUUACCUGCGACGAACUGGAUUUUAUGGGGUUAUACGGUUAGGUUUUUUUGCACUAGACUGGCAUCUAAUUAGUGCAUUGGUUGAGCGGUGGCGACCAGAGACUCAUACGUUUAUGUUUCCCGAAGGGGAAAUGACCAUUACCCUUCAGGAUGUAGGGCUAAUAACCGGGUUGCCGGUCAAUGGUGCAGCUGUUACUGGGCGAUCACGCCACUAUUGGCCAUCAUUGUGUGAGGCACUAUUAGGUGUCGUUCCACCUAAUAGUGCCAUAAGGGGUUGUUAUCUGAAGAUGGUAUGGCUAGCUGAGGAGUUCGGUCAGCUUCCAGAUGACUACGACGAGGUAGUUGUGCAGAGGUUCGCACGCGCAUACUUAAUGAGGGUCAUUGGAUCUCUUUUCAGUGAUACAUCUGCUUCGCGUGUUAACCUGAUGUUUUUACCUCUGCUAGCCGACCUGGAGGAAGCCGGCAAUUAUAGCUGGGGAGCUGCAUGUCUGGCUUGGCUGUACAGACAGUUAUGUAAGGCGACUAAUCCAGAAGUUAUGCAGAUGGCCGGUCCAUUAUUCAUAUUGCAGAUAUGGGCAUGGGACCGUAUCACAGCUGUAUCGCCUACACUGUCUGUACGAGUACCACAUCACGAUGCUCCACUAGGCAGCAGGUGGAGUAAUGCGAGGCAGAUAACAGAGGUUGUCACCCAUGUACUCGUGGAGCUGCGUUACCAGCUUGAUCGGUUAUUACCUGAGCAGGUAAUAUGGGAGCCAUACACCGAUGCCCUUAUUGAGUCGUUACCCGAAUACUGCCGACAAGGACGACAAAUUUGGAGAGCUGUAGUGCCACUGGUCUGCUUCCACAUUAUAGAGUGGCAUCAGCCUGAUCGGGUCAUGCGACAGUUUGGUAUGCAGCAGCACAUUCCUGCUGAACCUCAACAGUCUGCUGCACUCCAUGAUGUCGAUUUGCGUAAGAGCGACACAGAUUGGGCUGAGGUGCACUCCCAUUGGAUUGCGCGCUGGAACACCCGAGAAAGACGAAUAGUAACUGCCCCGCCAGCAACGGAACCACUCCAUUUUCAUUCGGAGUACAUGGAGUGGUAUCGUAGGGUGUCCAGACGCUGGAUCUCGGUUAAAGGAGCGGCUAUGGGAUCGGGGGAGGAUGGUGUAGAGCGUAUGCAGGCUAUUGCGACAAAUCCGACUACAGGGAGCAUGACGUCCAUUUGCGACCUCCUUCAAUCAGUUUCAUUAUGUAUGAUGGAGGAGAGGCGGCAAACACAAUUCCCAGCUCCACAGCCAGCACCGCCUCGACCUCACAUCACGUCUGAUCCAGAUGACCCACCCAUUCCUCAGCGCUCAUCCAGAGCACGUGGUCAUGCUAGGGGCCGUCAACGGGAGCAUGCUCUAGCAUCAGAACGUGAUAGCGACGUGCAUCCAGUACCUCCCCCGAUACAGUAUCACCAGUCUCAAGAGGAAUACGGAUAUGCUCCAGGUUCCUCGCACGUUCCACCCAGUUCUUCUCAGGUACCUUCCAUGUAUUAUCCUACUCAGAGUCAGUUCAUGGGAUGGACGCCUGGACCGAGUAUAGUGCCUUCGGUUACUCCCGCUGCGUCUGGUGUACCAUGUACGCCUAUUGGAUCUAUGUUUCCUGCAUUUGCCUCAGAGUCUGCACAUGAUGAUACAAUCCUGGAUUAG